AUGACCAAAACCCAAAUACAUCAGUCAGUCAAUUACUCCAUGCAAGCUCGUGGCAUGUCGCAGCAACGCCGCCGCAGCGCCGCCCCCGCCGCGCUGCUGGCGCUGGCGGUGCUGCUGGGGACGUCGCCGCCCGACGCAGCGGCUCAACAAGGUCCGUCCUGGCGGCCCCUCGUGGCGCGUGUCAACAAGGACGCCGCCACCUCCCUCUACACCAUCGCCAUCAAGGACGGAGGAGGGCCGCUCCUCCUCGAACUCGCCGGCCCAAUGCUCUGGGUCGCCAACUGCCCCUGCACGCACUGGGCCAUCGGGUGCGGCGGCAGCCACUGCGACGGCUUCCGCAAUAUGUUCACCCCGGAUGCCUGUGAUAGUGCAGAAUGGCCGGCGCAGGGGCAGGACACGUGCAUCUGCACCGCCUUGCCGUACAACCCGGUCGACGGGCGCUGCGUCGCCGCCCAAGCCACCACCAUCUCGAUCGCUGCCAACACCACGGACGGCAAGAACCCGCUCUCCCCGGUGACCUUCCCCGUCGUCGGGUCCUGCGCGCCGGGGGAUUUCCUGGCCUCGCUCCCGGCGGGCGUGGCCGGCGUCGCCGGGCUCGCGAGGCUGCGUAACUCUCUGCCGUUGCAGGUCGCGCAGUGGUACAGCCUGAAGCAAGAGUUCGCGUUGUGCCUGCCCAGGGGCGGGGACGGCGUGGCCGUCUUCGGCGGCGGCCCGUUCCAGCUCCUGGCCGCGCCGACCGUGGAGCUCGCCGACAGCCUCCGCAAGAAGCCUCUCCCGUUCCUCUUCAACCCCAAAAACCGCGCCUACUACUUCACCAUCACCGGCAUCGCCGUGAACCAGCAGCGCGUGCCCACGCCGCCCGGCGCCUUCGACUUGGAAAGGAGAGGCCAAGGCGGCGCCGCCUUCAGCACCGUCACGCCCUACACCGCGCUCCGCUGGGACGUCUACUGGCCGCUCCGCAACGCGUUCGACGCGGCCACCAGCGGCAUCGCGCGCGCGGACAAGGUGGCGCCGUUCGACAUGUGCUACCAGGCGUCGGAGCUCGCCAUGACCAGCGUGGGCUACGCCGUGGCCAGCAUUGACCUGAUGCUGGACGGAGGCCAGAACUGGACGCUGCCCGGCGCCAGCUCGCUCGUGCAGGUGAACGACCGGACGGUGUGCUUCGCGUUCGUUCAGACGGAUUCGUCGGUGCCGGCACAUGCUGAGUCGCCGGCGGUGAUCCUCGGGGGGCACCAGUUGGAGAAUAACCUGCUGAUGUUUGAUCUGGACAAGGACACGUUCGCGUUCAGUGGGCUGCUGCUCGGCAUCGGCACUACCUGCAGCAACUUCGACUUCAGCAUCGGGAGUUCUUAG